CAGAGUUGUCACAGAGCAGCUGUCAUGUCGGGUCCUGUGUAUCUGCUCACCGGAGGUUGCGGCUUCCUCGGCCGGCACUUACUGAGGCUUUUACUGGAGAAGGAGGAAGGACUGGCGGAGGUCCGCGUGUUUGACAAGUACGUCGACGUAAGCUUAAAUGAACUCAGCACAGAGCGGACGAAGGUCGUGGUCGUCCAGGGUGACAUCACUGACUACAGCAGCCUGUUGGAGGCCUCCCGGGGGGUCGACGUCGUCCUCCACACGGCCAGCUUGGUGGACGUUUGGCACAAAGUUCCAGAGGCCCUCAUCUUCUCUGUCAAUGUCACAGGAACGGAGAACGUGGUCAAAGCCUGUGUGGAGUGUGGCAUCCAGUGCCUGGUCUACACCAGCAGCAUGGAAGCGAUCGGUCCCAACACGGAUGGAGACCACUUCGUCAGGGGCAAUGAAGACACACUUUACAAUGUGAAACACACGAUGGCCUAUCCGCUGAGCAAGGCAAGGGCAGAGAAAAUUGUGCUUGAAGCUAAUGGCACCAAGGUGAAGGGUGGAAAGUGUUUAUACACAUGCGCUCUGAGGCCAACGGGGAUUUAUGGCGAGGAGCACCAGAUAAUUAAAGAUUUCUACACGCAGGCUGUAGAAAGGGGAGGCUUGCUUGUCGGGGGUGUCCCAGACGAGAUUGAACAUGGACGGGUCUAUGCAGGCAAUGUGGCCUGGAUGCAUAUCCUUGCAGCCCGAGCCUUGAGAGAUCGUCCUCAGACGGUUGAAGGUGAAGCUUUCUUCUGCUACGAUGACUCUCCCUACAAGAGCUAUGAGAAUUUCAACCUGCAGUUCUUCUCCGCAUUUAACUUCAGAAGGGUGCGCAUACCCUUAAUGGUGCUCUGGUUCAUGGCCAUGCUGAAUGACUUGAUCCGCUGGAUAAUUGCCCCCUUUUACAACUACACGCCGUUGAUGAACAGUUACACUUUGGCCGUGGUCUCUACCUCCUUCACCGUCGGCUCGGAUAAAGCCCAGCGCCACUUCCAGUACCGCCCUCUGUACGACUGGGACCAGUGUCGCAGCCGCACACAGAAAUGGGUCGACACGCUUCCUCUGGACAAGUCCAAAGACUCCUGAUGUGCCGACAACACACUUUAGAAGCUGCCACGUAGGCAUGCAGGGCUCCGGAAGUACACUGU